AUGGAAGGGGAUGAUAAGAAGGCAGAGGCAAAGAUGGUCGGUACUUCCGCUACCGGAUAUAUUGAUGAGAGUAUAUUUCCGCCAUCACCAUUCGAGUCUUCAUUCUUCAAUGAGCUUCACAUCAAUGAAGAACCUUCUCAAACUGAAACUGCUGCUACUUCUUCUCCCAACCUAACAAUAAGGAAGAUAAAAGAGGAGGAACCUUCUUCAGGAACUCCAACCAAGAGGAAAAGAGGACGCCCUCUUGGUCCCGGUUCCGGAUCAAAGAAAGAAGGACUUUCUCCAACAAUUUCUGCAGAAUCUCCAACCAAGAGAACCCCCGACAGCCCUUCUGCUACUGGUGGUGCUAAAUUCACCCCUCAUGUGAUUCACUUUAAUGCUGGCGAGGAUGUGGUAGAGGUUCUGUACAAAAUAUCCGUGGCAAAUCGUGGUAAAACUGUUACCGUACUUUCUGCAAAUGGUUCUAUAUCAGAAAUUGUCUAUCUUACUCCAAAUGGUCUCUGGCAGAGCAAGGGAGAAUUUCACCUAUUGUCUUUAAAAUGGCCCGAUGAUGAUAAUGGUCGUCGCAGUCGUGAAAAGACAGUGUGCACAAUUACAGGCACAAGUGCUGAGGGAAAUCUGUUUGCAAAUACUUCUGUCAAUUCCCUCAUUGCGGCCGGCCAUGUUAAAAUUACGGCAGGCUUAUUCAACACAGACACCGCUGAGAAAACAGGUGCAAGAAUUUCGGCUGCUGCUCUUCAAAUGUUUGAGGCCAAUAUGGAUCCAGCUAAAGAAGGUUCUACAUCUGGAUAUUUGCCAACAACUCCAAUAGUGGGAGAUGGAAGCAUAAUAAGUCCCACAUCAGCAACAACUAGUGCUUCAAAUGAUCAGGACAUGAAGUCUCCAUCUGUUGGGAACACUUGA